AUGAAGGCUCACCUGUGGCACACAGCUUUCAAGCCGGCCACCGGAGGCGCACCCCAGAACGCCACCACGCGGAUGCUUCUGCUCGUGACCAAGCUGCACAAGAACGGCGUCUUGAGCGCCGAGGCGAAGGGCCGCGUCAAGGAUCAAGUGCUGCGUGGCACCAUCACCGAGGCAGAAUUGCAGCGUCAGUAUGGCAGCGCCGCUGCGGUGCACACUCGUAACUUUAGCACCACGUUCAACCCCUUCGCGCCUUCAGCCAAGAAGCACCAAGAAGCGACUUGGUCGACCGUGGAGGGCACCCUUCUCGUGCUUGAUGGCGAUAGCAUCCAGCCUUCGUCCAAGAUCGCUUCAUUUGACAUGGACGACACCUUGAUCACGCCCAAGUCUGGACGAGCCUUUGCCACCGGCCGGAAUGAUUGGAGGUGGUGGAACCCGAGUGUGCCCCAGCGGUUGACUGAGCUGCAUCAGCAGGGCUACAAGCUGGUGAUCUUCACCAACCAGGCGGGUAUCGCCAAGGGCAACGCACGCGCGUGCGACAUCCAGGGCAAGAUCCAGGACCUCGCCGCCGAGCUGGGCCUCCCGCUGCAGGCCUUCGUGGCCACCAGCGAGGACAAGUGGCGCAAGCCCUCCACCGUCAUGUGGGACUACUUCAUCAAGCACCACAACGGUAACGUUGCGGUCGACAAUCAGCAGUCCUUCUACUGCGGCGACGCUGCCGGCCGAAUCAAGGCGUGGGACGGCAACCCCCAUACGGCAAAGGACCACUCGUGCAGCGACAGAAAGUUCGCCCGCAACGUCGCUCUCCCGUUCCAGAUCCCCGAGACUUGCUUCCUUGGCCAGCCCGACACCCAACACUUUGACUGGGGCUCCAUCGAGCCGACCACCGCCAUGCAAAGCGCGGGUGCGAAGGCCUACGAGGGCAAUCUCACCGCCUCAUCGCAGGAGAUGGUCAUCUGCGUUGGCACCGCACCUGCACAAGAGCAGUCGGGCAAGUCCACGUUCACCAAGCGCAACCUGGUACCGCAAGGCUACGUGCACAUCAACCAAGACACUCUGCAUACCAAGUCGGCCUGCUUGCAAGCCACGGAGAAGGCACUCGCCCAGGGCAAGAGCGUGGUGAUCGAUAACACCAACCCGAGUGACAGUGCGCGCGCCCUGUACAUCAACAUCGCCAAGGAGCGAGGCGUGCCUGUGCGCUGCUUCACCUUCAAGACGCCGAUCGAGCUCGCGCAACACCUCAACGUCUAUCGCGAGAACAUGUCCGGGGUGAAGCGUGUGCCUGGUAUCGCCUACAACAUGUUCAAGAAGCAGUACGUGGAGCCACGCCUCGCCGAAGGCUUCACCGAGAUCAAGCCAAUCACCUUCGUGCCUCAGUUCGACAACCCCGACCAGGAGAAGCUCUUCCACCAGCUCACCUAG